AGCAGAGAGAAGAGGAGUAUGAGCCCCGAGAAUCAGAGCAGUGUACCUGAAUUCCUCCUUCUGGGGCUCCCCAUCGGGGCGGAGCAGCAGGCCAUGUUUUUCACCCUGUUCCUGAGCAUGUACCUCACCACCGUGCUGGGGAACCUGCUCAUAAUCCUGCUCAUCAGGCUGGACUCUCGAUUCCACACUCCCAUGUACUUUUUCCUCAGCCACUUGGCCUUUUCUGAUGUCUCUUUCUCAUCUGUCACUGUCCCAAAGUUGUUGAUAAACAUGCAUACUCUAGAUCAGUCUAUCUCCUAUGUAGGGUGCAUUUCACAGAUGUAUUUUUUCAUACUUUUUGUUUGUCUUGACAAUUUUCUUCUCGCAGUGAUGGCAUAUGACAGGUUUGUGGCCAUCUGUCACCCAUUGCACUACACCACCAUCAUGAGGGAAGAGCUGUGUGUCUUAUUGGUGGUUGGGUCCUGGUUCUUCUCUUGUGUCCAUGCCCUGUUACACACCCUUCUCCUGUCCCACUUGUCCUUCUGUGCUGACAACACCAUCCCCCACUUCUUCUGUGACCUCACUGUCCUCCUUAAGCUGACCUGCUCAGAUAUCUCCCUCAAUGAGCUAGUUAUUGUCACUGAGGGGGGAGUGCUUGCCCUCCUGGCAUUGAGUGUUAUUUUGGGGUCUUAUGUCAGCAUUGGGGCCACCAUCCUGAAGGUCCCCUCCACCAAGAGGAUCUGCAAAGCCUUGUCCACCUGUGGCUCCCACCUCUUCGUGGUGUUUCUGUAUUAUGGGACUCUUGCAAUUAUUUACUUCUUGCCUUCAUCAAACAAUUCCAAAAUCAAGGACAUAAUUGCUUCAGCUAUGUAUUCAGUGGUUACCCCCAUGCUCAACCCCUUCAUCUAUAGCCUGAGGAACAGAGACAUGAAAUUGGCUCUGAGGAUGCUUUACAGAGGGGGGAUUAUUUUUGCCAAGUGACGGUUACCCGUUCAUGUUUUUUCUUCUCCUUGUGAUGUCUCCUUGAAAAGUUGUGUUAGUGACUGUGGUAGAUUGUAUCCUCUCUUUUCAGGUGUGAUGUCUACUUCCCCACCCCUUGAAUCUAGGCAAGUCUUGUGAUUUGCAUUGACUUACGGAUUAGUUAUAAAAUGAUAUUGUGAGAAUUCCAAGUCUAAGCAGACUCUAUUCUUGUUGCUUUUUGAACUCUGAGACCAUCAUGUGGACAAGCCCAUGAUAGGUUGCAAGAAUAUAAAAGGCCAUAUGAAGGAGAACCAAGA